CUCAAAAAUGUUAACUGAAACUUCUAAUGACUAUAUAUUACUCGGUAUUGGUAAUUCUUUAAUAGACUUAUUCGUAUAUAAUAACGAAGAAGUUGAAAAAUUAAUUAAAAAAUAUGGACUUUUACCAAAACCAAUUGAUAAAGACUUUAAUAAAAUCAAUGGAUUUUUAAAUGAGGUUUCUAAAUAUCCUGAUACAUUAAAAGUUCCUGGUGGCACGGCACAAAAUUCUCUCCGUGGAGCUCAAAGAUUACUUCCACCGAAUUCAACGGUAAUAAUAGGAUGUAUAGGUAAAGAUGAAAUGGGAAAAAUAUUAAGAAGAGUAUUAAAUAAUGAUGGGGUAAGAACUGAAUAUACGGAAAUUGAUGAUUACCCAACUGGUGUUAGUUCUUUUAGUAAAUUAUCUAACAACAAUUAUUUUGUGAGAAAUAAUAAAGGAGCUGCGACGCAAUAUAAUUUAGAAGAUUUGAAAUCACCUUCAAAAUGGAAAUUUGUAGAAAAUGCAAAAUAUAUUUAUGUUUGUGGAUUUAUUUUAAAAGAAAAUUUUCAUAUUGUAAAAGAAAUCUAUAAACAUGCUCUAGAAAAUAAUAAGAUUUAUGCCACUAACUUAGGUUCAGUUAAAUUAGUAACAAAAUAUAAAUAUCGAAUGGAUGAGAUUUCUCCAUAUUGGGAUAUUAUUUUUGGUAACGAAUCUGAAGCGUUAGCAUUUGCUGAAAUGUCAAAUUGGAAUACAACAGAUAUAUUUGAGGUAACAAAAAAAUUAGCUCAAUUACCAAAACACUCUUCCAAUUUCGUUCGUAUGGCUUUAAUAACAAGGGAUGCAAGGUCCACUAUUUAUGCGGAUCAAAAUGGUACAAUUAAAGAAUAUCCUAUAAUUCCAAUAGCAGAAAAUGAUUUAAUUGAUGCUACAGGAGCUGGUGAUUCAUUUGUUGGAGGAUUUUUAAGUCAAUUUAUUCAAGGUAAAAGUAUUGAUGAAUGCAUUAUGGCAGGGCAUAAAUUAGCUAAUUAUAUUAUUAGACAAGUUGGUACUCAAUAUGAUUCUUAUGAUUCUUUUGAACAUAAUGAAGUAAAUUAUUAGAUUACGAUUGAUAAUACGGUUUGUAUUUUUGUAACAACAUAAAUUAUUUUA